AUGAAGAGUAGGGUUGACCAAGUUGCAUUUUGGUAUUGGAUUCAUCCAUUCAUUCAAUUACUGCGAGACUCUAUCCGCCAAGACAGUAAAUUUGUUGCAGUUUCUCGCAACGGCUUGAGUGAGGAUAACUUAUGGAACGUGGCUCAGACACCUAAAACUAUUAGAUGUGGCGCACGGGAGGCGCUGUUGAGAAGUUCUCGAUCUUCGUUACAGCGGAGUGAGCGAGGCACUGCCGCACUGCGGAUGUUAUAA